AUGCAUGCAGCUUCCAAGGCUCCAUUCAGCUACGUGAAAGAGAAGGUGGAUGUAUUGGACCAUGAGAACAUGGUGUACAAAUACAGUGCUGUAGAAGGUGGUCUUCUUGGUGUAAGAUUCAACUCAUGCUCAUUUGAAAUCAAGUUUGCACCUCAUGAAGGUGGCACCAUUGGAAAGCUCACUUGUCACUAUGACACCACUGAUAACACUCCUGUUGGCGAGGAAGAAAAGGGUCAAAUUUUGGAAGGCCUCUUGGGAAUGCUGAAUGCUGUUGAGGCUUACUUAGUUGCAAACCCUACUGCUUUUGCUUAA